GCUCUGUGCUGCACUUGUUUGGUGUUCAGUUCUGCCAAAGUCCAGAUCUGAAGAGGAUUUUUGGACAUGUCGGGAGAAUAAAAAAGCUCGAAUGGCUGGAUGAUUUCUGUUGCAACGUGGUGUACACGAACUUCGCUAAUUUGCAGAAAGUGGUCCAGAAGAUCCUAGGUCCGGAGACGAUGUUCGAGUACUGCGGCGCAGACUUAGAGGCAGCGGCCUUUGUGGAGAGGAAUGGAGGAAUAGAUGUGAUAAAUUCGGCGAACAAUAGUCGAGAAGUAUCUCCGACAUCAGCUGGCAGAUGUGGGGGAACUAAUGGUCCUUGUUCUCCCGCAGAACAAGUAGGAGUUGUAGAUGGCAUUGGCAACAACAACAAGCAGCUUCUUCACCAGGGCGUCGAGCACAAUGAUCAGGUAUCCUUUCGGCUACCGAACAACCUCAAAAACCCCAUAGACGAACAAGCUGAACGCCAUCAAGAGGUCCUUGGUUUUGGCACGGGCUCCACUCUCGAAUGCACUGCACCUGCAAGACUGUUGACUGAUUUGGAGAGUGUCUGGUUUUCCACACCGGAGCCAGUUCAGGGGAAAAAUGGUUCCGGCUUCAUCCAUUUCCGGAUGUGUACGAAAGCAGAUAUCAAAACUGUAGAACAACAUGAGAAAAAGAGCAGUACUAGUAUCUCAUCUUGUAGUUCGUCCUCCUCGUCUGGCAAAAACAUCAUCAAUCACAACAAAGACCAAGAACAGCAAGGACACCAGAAAAAGCAGCCCUCGCAGAAGAGUAAUAAGCGACGAGCGGAACAAGAUAGAGGAGUCAUAUUGAACAUGAUGGAGAUGGUAGGCAAUGACGAGGACGACGAUAUGCUGGAUGCUGGCGAAGAUGGUGGUGCAUUGCUGGAUGUAUUUUCGACAUCGGGAGCUCAAGCGCAAGGGCCUCCUGGUUCUGACGCUAGGACAGCAAUGAGAAUGAAAGAGAAGUCUACAACCACCUCUCAAGGUCUAGGCGUCGAACCAGCGACAAAGAAGCAGAAGAAGGAGGUUGUCUGCUUACCACAGCCAGUGUAUAAGUUCUUGCUCUCAAGGAAAAUCCUUCAUGCAAAGAGCAAUGUAGAGCAUCCAUAUAGAUCAUGCAUUGACGGGGCCACGAUACUGCCAGGCGGAAAACAAGUCGUGACUGCAGAUGGAAAUGCUAACAAACAAGGCGUUACUUCCACUUCUCGAACAGCAUCGGCUGAGGUGGUAGUGGAUCAGAGUAAGCCGCAGGAUGAGGACAUGCAGUCCGAGCUAGCAGCUUCUACUGACGAAAAGCGAGAAGAAUUAGUGACUCCAAAGGCCGAUCAUGACACAGGAUCGAUGAAUGUAGUGCCGAAUUCAACGAAUCAACGACCUCAGUCACUAGUUGCUGGAUCGGAUCCUGACAUGAAAAUUUCUCCUUGGGAUGUCUAUCUAAAGCGCAAUAUGCUCAGUCAAGCUGGUGUCAGACUAGUCCAUCCCCUACUUUGGAACGUGAACAAUGCCUUUUUCAUCAUGACCUUGACGGAGCACCAGCAAGGCUACUUCGUGAAUCGCGCUGCUCUGGCAAAGGAUGUCUCCAAAGUGCUAAAAGUCGACGUGCACAGUCUCGACAAAGCGCCGGGAGUGCAGGUCGCGCAUUUUUUCGAGAACGCAUUGCCAAGAGGUGUCGCUACUCCGUUCUUUCAGAAAGACCGCUCAGACCGGGAGAAGGAUCCCUUUGUCGGCUAUUCUGUCGAUGCGGUGGGGAACGUCAGUUUCAAGAAGACACGGCACUUCAGUAGGACGGGUGCGGGCAAUAGCUUUUGCGCUAUCUCAGGAGCAGGAAAUAGCUCCCUCUCCAAGGGAGGGGGAGGACAGGGAAAGGGAAAGGGAGAUGGAGAAACAGGUCAGCAUAGUAAUCGAAACAUCUCUACAAACGCGAAAGGGGGAUUCGUUUUGCAACAGGAACCGACCAAGACGCCUGCAUUCGUAGGUCCACGUCUCGUUCGUGGUGGAACGAUAGCGGAUAGUAGUACACCGCUGCCAAGAUCAGCAGCUAAGGGGGCAGCUGCUAGGGUGGGAUCUCUUUCUGCUAGUAGUUCUAACGAUGGAAAAACAUCUUCGAGUAGCUCUACUGCUGCUUGUUCAUCUGCUGCAUCUGCGACUGCGAAUGCGGCAUCUUCAGCGACGUCAUCUUCUUCCCUCCCUGCCCACAUCUCCAACGAUGAAAAGGAAGCUACCUUUUCUUCCUCUUCGACAACAUCUACAACUCAAACUAGCCAACAGCAGAAUAAGUCCUCCACGACCUCCAAGAACCACCUCCAGAAGCGCGCAGAUCGCGAUGUCAAAGUCUAUUCCGUCAUAACCGGGGAAGAGCUACCCCCACUGUGGCGUGAUCAGUCUGCAUGCGAUGGCUUCCACAUUUUCGCGGCCGAUUUCCUCAGCAACCCCAGUGUGAAAGUGUACUUCGAUCUAGGUUUGACUGCGGUUCAUGUGUGGAGUAAAGCUUUGAGACGGGUUGAUAACGUGCACUACGUAGCAGCUUCAUCUGGAUCCACCGCAGGUGGAAACAAAAAAACGUGCAUACUCUCUCUGCCAGUUGAUGAAUGUGCGCCCUUCGACUCUGUAAGGGAGGUAGGGCCGGAUGGAGGGUUGAUGUGGAGGAGAAUGCUGCCGGAACCUGUGGUCAAGAGUAAGGCAAAACAGGUAGACAAAAGGCAGGCUGUCGAUACAACUACUCCGUCCUUUUCUGCGAGAACUGCUGCGAAUGUGAGUGGCGGCGUUGGUAGUUCAGGUGGAGGUCGUACCGAAACAUCAACAGCAAAGAGUGAUCACUUAACGGAGUUGAUGAAAUUCACUCUGCCAGGCGAGCAGGGACACAUGCCUCUACAAACACCUGCAUCUUCUAUGACGACGACUCCAGACUUUGGUGUGAGAAGGAAAAGCCAACAAGAAGUUGCAGAUGUGGACAUGGGAGAAGAGGGUGACGCUUUUAAUGCUGCCUUUGACAGUGUGGGGCCACUUGGGGGUGCGUGAUGACCUUUGUUGGAGAUGAAUUCUGUCAUGUAAGCACUGCUAGUACACUAUGUAUUGUUGCAUGAUCUGAACUCUUGAAGAGUUUGUGAUAGAAGACAUCAACAAUGUCAGUACGCAUCCCGUCAUUUCCUCAUGUGAAAACGAGGGUUCAUUUUAUGAAUGCUGAGCGACAUGAUUAAGAAUUCAGCGAUGAAGUUGUCGAAAUGAAGACG